AUGAGCAGGACCACCGGCCUCCAGCGCAGGACCACCUACCUCAUCUCGCUCACGCUGGUCAAGCUCGAGUCGGUGGGCGCCGCGGGGGAGGCGGAGGAGGCGGGGGGGGGGUGGCGAUGGAGCCCCUGGCCCCGGGGGGGCCGCGGCUGCCCCCCGCACCCCCGAGCCCGGCCGAGCCCGGCGGCCCGAGCGGCUCUUCCAGCGGCAGGACGCGCUCCGGAUAAGUACGGCCGGUCCCGGCCCCCCCCGGCCCCGACGCCCCCCGCCCCCGCUCGCCCGCCUCGCCCCCCGCCGUGCCCCCCAAACCCGACCCGGCCAUGCUGCCCCCCCCCGCCCCCGGCCGUGCCCCCCAAACCCGACCCGGCGCUGUUGCCCCCCCCCGCCCCCGGCGGUGCCCCCCAAACCCGACCCGGCGCUGCUGCCCCCCCCGCCCCCCGCCGUGCCCCCCAAACCCGACCCGGCGCUGCUGCCCCCCCCCGCUGCCGGCCUUGCCCCCCAAGCCCGACCCCCGCGGGGCCAAGGGCACCUUGGAGGGGCCGGGGGAGCGGGGUCUGGCCGCCCUGGACAUCCCCCAGCCCGCCGCGACCCCCCGCCGCCCGCUGCUCAGCCAGGCCACCUGGGGGGGCCCCGAGGGCCCCCCAGAGGGAAGCCGGGCCCCCCCGCCGCCCCUGGACCCCCCCACAGCCUCCCCGCACCCCUCGGCCGGCGCCCGCCGCCUCCGCCUGGCCGGCCCCAAGCCCCCCAAAGCGGGGGGCGGCGGCGGGGGGAGCCGCGGGACCCCCGAGCCCCGGGCGGGCAAAGCCCCCGGCAAAGCGGCCGGCAGCCGCCUCUCGUGGCCCGAGGGAGAGGGCAAGGGGCGCCCCAAGGCGGGGGGCAAGAGCGAGGGGCCCCCCCGGGCCCGGCUGUCCCCCAGCAAGGGCAAGAGCAAGACCCUGGACUACAGCGACCUGCAGCCGGGGGGUCUGGUGCCCGCCCCCGCCCCCGAGACCGGCCUCAAGCGGGGACGCGAGGGGGGUCGCGCCUCCACCCGCGACCGAAAGAUGCUCAAGUUCAUCAGCGGCAUCUUCACCAAGAGCCCCGCGGCGACCCCCACCCACCCCGCGCCCCCCCUGGUCUCCCCCCGGCGCCGACCCGGCCAGUGCCGCCCCCCACAAGGCCUUGGUGAACAGCCAGGAGUGGACGCUGGGCCGCUCUAUCCCCGAGAUCCGCCUGGGGGUCCUGGGCAGCAGCAAGAGCGGGAAGUCGGCGCUCGUCCAUCGGUUCCUCACCGGCUCCUACGUGGGCUUGGAGCCCACUGAGAGUGGCCAGUUCAAGCGUGAGGUGACAGUGGAUGGCCAGAGCCACCUCCUGCUCAUCCGGGAGGAGGCGGGCGCCCCGGAUGCACAGUUUGCCAGCUGGGCGGACGCCGUCAUCUUCGUCUUCAGCCUGGAGAGCGAGAGCAGCUUCGAGGAGGUGGCGCAGCUGCACGCGCUGCUCUGCGACCUCCGCGGCACCAGCGACGUGGCCCUGGCGCUGGUGGGCACGCAGGACAAGAUCAGCUCGUCCAGCCCGCGGGCGGUGGAGGACGCGCACGCCCGGGCGCUCUGCGGGGACAUGCGGCGCUGCCUCUACUACGAGACCUGCGCCACCUACGGCCUCAACGUGGACCGGGUCUUCACCGAGGUGGCCCAGAAGGCCGUGGCGCUGAAGAAGCAGCAGCAGCUGAUGGCGUCCUGCAAGUCCCUGCCCAGCUCCCCGAGCCACUCUGCCGCCUCCACCCCCGUGGGGGGCGUCCACCCCAGCCAGACCAGCAACGGGGGCCACACCAGCGACUACUCGUCCUCGCUGCCCUCCACGCCCAACGUGAGCCACCGGGAGCUGCGCAGCGAGACCCCGGCCCCGCUGGGCACGCCCGGCUCGCUGCACCGCGGGGCCAAGCGCCGCACCAGCCUCUUCGCCACGCGCCGUGGCAGCGACUCCGAGAAGCGCAGCCUGGACAGCCGAGGCGAGGUGGCCGGCAGUGGCCGUGCCAUCCCCAUCAAGCAGAGCUUCCUGCUGAAGCGCAGCGGCAACUCCCUGAACAAGGAGUGGAAGAAGAAAUACGUGACCCUGUCCAGCAACGGCCUCCUCUUCUACCACCCCAGCAUCAACGACUACAUCCACAGCACGCACGGCAAGGAGAUGGACCUGCUCCGCACCACGGUCAAGGUGCCCGGCAAGCGCCCGCCGCGCGCCAUCUCCGCCUGCGGCCCCUCGGCCAGCAUCAACGGGCUGCUGCGGGAGCCCGAGCCGGGCGGCGGCGUCCCCUCGGUGGGGCUGAGCCUGCCCCCCGAGCCAGGGCUGAAGGUGGUGGGCAAGGGGUCCCUGCAGCGCUGCGCCUCCGCCUCGGGCGCCAAGCUCGCCUCAGAGUCCCCGUUGUCCUUCGAGGCCGUGCCCAGCCCCGGCAGCGCGGGCAGGGACCCUCCUCCCUCGCCGCUGGUGGACAGGAAGAAGCACCGGCGGAAGAAGCUGAUGACGCCGUCCAAGACCGAGGGCUCGGGUGGGCAGGCAGAAGCCAAGCGCAAAAUGUGGAAAUUAAAAAGUUUUGGUAGUUUAAGAAAUAUUUAUAAAACAGAGGAGGAGAACUUUGAGUUCCUGAUCGUGUCCAGCACGGGGCAGACGUGGCACUUCGAGGCCGGCAGCUUCGAGGAGCGCGACGCAUGGGUGCAGGCCAUCGAGAGCCAGAUCCUGGCCAGCCUGCAGUGCUGCGAGAGCAGCAAGAACAAGGCGCGCAUGGACAGCCAGAGCGAGGCCGUGGCCAUCCAGGCCAUCCGCAACGCCCGCGGGAACUCGCUCUGCGUGGACUGCGGGGCACCCAACCCCACGUGGGCCAGCCUGAACCUGGGCGCCCUGAUCUGCAUCGAGUGCUCGGGCAUCCACCGCAACCUGGGCACGCACGUGUCGCGCGUGCGCUCGCUGGACCUGGACGAUUGGCCGCGGGAGCUGACCCUGGUGCUCACGGCCAUCGGCAACGCCACGGCCAACAGCAUCUGGGAGCAGAACCCGCGCGGCCGCUGCAAGCCCACCCACGAGUCCUCCCGGGAGGAGAGGGAGUCGUGGAUCCGUGCCAAGUACGAGCAGCGGCUGUUCCUGGCGCCGCUGCCCGCGGCCGAGGCGCCGCUGGCCGAGCGGCUGCGGGGGGCCGUGGGCCAGCAGGACCUGCCCGCCGUGCUGCUGCUGCUGGCCCACAGCCACAAGGAGCAGCUCAACGUGCCCACGGCCGACGCGGAGCGGCGCACGGCGCUGCACCUGGCCUGCGACACCGCCCAGGUGGUGGUCACCCAGCUGCUGGUGUGGUACGGGGCCGACGUGCGCGCCCGGGACGGUCACGGCCGCACCGCGCUGUUCUACGCCCGCCGCGCCGGCAGCCGCGAGUGCGCCGACAUCCUGCUGCAGCACGGCUGCCCCGGCGAGGGGCCCGGCAGCCCCCCGACCCCCGGCAGCCCCCCGACCCCCGGCCCGCCCACCCCCGGCGGGCCCCCGACCCCCGGGCCCCGCCGCCGCAGCAGCUGCGCCAGCGUGGGCCCCUGCGAGCCGCGCUCCGCCCUGGUAUAGCCCCGAGGGGCCCGGAGCCCCCCGAGCCCCCCGGUGCCACCCCCGGGGUCGCGCCUUGCCCACGGUUUGUACUUUUGAUGCUCUAUUUAUUAUCCUCCCCGCGUCGGGGUCUCCGCUGGUCCUGUCCCCCUCUCCGUGCCAGGGACCCCCGUGCCAGGGGGCACAGCGAUGCCACUGCCACCUUCCUGUCCCCUCCGCGGGGUGUUGUGCCCCAGCGUGGGGUGGGCACAGCUGGGGCGGGGGUGCUGACCCCUGCCCGUGUCACUCCCUGCCCGUGCCGUCCCCUGUCCCUGUCACCCCCCAGUGUCCCCUGCCCACAUCACCCUGUCCCACCCCCGUCCCCGUUCCCGCGUGCUGUGUCCCCCUCCCCUUGUCACCUCCCCAGCCGCGCCCCCCUCCCCAAGUCACCCUCGCCUUGCCACCCCCUCUGUCCCCCCUCCGUGUCCCUGUCCCCGUGUCCCCCCCCGGCCGUGCCCCCCGCCCUGGCACAGCCCCCGCUCGGUGGCAGGAGCAGAGCAGACCCCGACCCCCCCUCCUUUUCUACAGCAACCUUUUGUACGCCCCCUCCCCCCUUCCGUGGCCUGCCCCCGCCCCCCCCCGCCCCCCGUUUCUCGGCGUCCCUCGGGAUCCCCGUUAAUUUAUUGCUUUGUUCAGCGAUAGGAUAGAGCCAGCCCCUCCCCCCGCGGGGGGGCACCGCCGGCGGGACCCCCGACCCCCUCCCGCCGGCCCCCUCCCCUCCGGGACCCCCAUGAAUGUAGGGGCGCCCCAGCUGUGACGCCCCCGAUGCCCCGGCGGGGCCGAGCCAGGGAGCCCGGGGGGGGCCGGGGGGGCGGGAGGGGUCGGCCGGGGGGGACCCAGGCCCGGGGGUCCUGGGGGGGCCCGGGGGGGCCCGGGGGGCCGGGCCGUGUACAGCGUUUUCAUCUCUCGGGUGUGACUGUAAGUACGUGACAAUGUCGGACA